AUGGACAUGGUCAGAUUGAAACUCAGCAUUCAGAGACAGAACAAAAGAGCCCAAUUUCUUCACACUGCUUGCGGUAACAAAAACCAUGCAGUUAUAUCACCACCCAUUCUCAUUGGACAGCCAAAGAGCAAGAACAUGGAUGCCUCAUUCUUCAGGAUGAAUCCGACCGCAAAACUCCCGGUUUUCCAGAACGGCGGCCAUGUCAUUUUCGACACGAUUGAGAUCAUUCAAUAUUUAGAAAAAAUUGCAAAAGUCUCAUCAGGCGAUGAGAACAUCCCAUUAAGCAGCAGUGAAGUCAUUGAAUGGAUGCAUAAGAUACAAAAAUGGAACCCCAAGUUUUUCACACUUUGUCACAUCCCAGAGAAGCACCGUCGUUACGUCUCUAAAUUCCUAAGGCAGGUGCUCAUUGCUCGAAUGGCAGAAACUCCUGAUUUGGCAGCUGAUUAUCACAAGAAGUUAAAAGAAGCAUAUGAGACGGAAGAAAAGUUGAAAAACCCGGAUGUUUUGAAACAGGACAAGGAACACCUAAUAAGACUUCUUGAUGAAGUUGAAACACAGCUGAAUGAAACGGCAUAUUUAGCCGGGAAAGAGUUUAGCAUGGCAGAUGUAAUGCUCAUUCCGGUGCUCGCACGGUUAGUGAUCUUGAAUUUGGAGGAUGAGUAUAUAGGUGGCCGGCCAAACAUGGCUAAAUACUGGAUCAUGGUGCAGCAGAGGCCUAGUUAUAAGAAAGUGAUUGGGAAGCAUUUCUGUGGCUGGAGGAAGCACAAAACAUUCGUGAAAACAUGGUGCAUAGUUCACAUCAGAACCAUGCUAAGGAAAUUCUGA